GUGAUAUGCUUACGUUUCCCUACGAAACAAAAAUUCUGAAAUCUGCGUGGAAAAAGUUCAACUUACCGGUGCAAUUAUGAUUGGAUAAGUAAUUUUCUAAUUAAUCACUCGGUUUUAAAAAUUGUGUCUCCAUUGAAUGAAUGAGUAACGAGGAUUCAAAAUGUUGAAAAUCUGCCUUUUAUUUUUAAUAAGUGUCAUAGGGUCUGUGAUCUCUAACCAGCAUCCUGAUUUCACUUUACCGGCGUUUAUUUCACCUAGCGAUAGACUGAAACUGAAGCAUGUUUUCGAGAAUGCCUGGAAAUUUGAAGAUCUAGGAGAACUCCAUUAUGCCAUCGCGAGUUACAGGGUUUUCAACGAUGAACUACCCGUACAGCAAAAAGAUAUAUGCGAUUUUGUAAAAAAAGAAGCUUCUAAAUCUAGUUCACUGGAGACGCUUUAUCAUGCGACCUCUAUCAUUAAAGAAGUUCCUGCUUGUUCCUCUAAUCAAUUUACCAACGACGUUGGCACUAAAGUUCUGCAGGCCUCUCAAAAAGAUAACGUUUUUAUGGAAGAAUUGUAUUACAUUGUCUCCAUUCUGACCAAUUUGAAAUCUAAUCCUACUGAUGUGUCUUUUAUUACCAAAUCGUUGAAAAGUAUUCUUAAAUCGAAUGAAACCGUAUUCAAUUUAGGCUAUGCUCUGCAUAUCAGCACCAUUUUACCUAAGAAGGAAAUGGAAACGUUGUUCGAUAAAAUUGAUAGCAUUAUUUCGCAAGCCGACGAAGUCGAUGGUCGAUAUUAUCAGUUCGAAGGCGGCCUAACUGUGACCGCUUUGAUUAUUGAUGGAAUCUAUAAAUUAAGCGAAAACCUGAAGAAAACUCCUCCGUUAACUAAUGUCCAAUCAACGAAAUUCGUAAAUUAUCUAACUUCCCGCACAACUUCAUCUCGUCCAAAAGGAGUGUAUAGGUUACUUCAAGUUCUGAAAACAUUAUCCGAUAAUAGUUUCCAUACUUUCGUGUCCGUUGGUCCAUUCGCUGAACCGGAAUUGAGUAAAUCUCAAUCAACGAUUGCUAUUCGAGUAUCAGACAUUUUUGGAAAUCCGGUAUCAAAGUCUGACGCGAGUUCUCUGACUGUUUCCUUAGUUUCCAUUUUCAAAGAAAGCACUUCGAACACAGUUAACGCGAAUAAAUUGUUCACAUCGUCUUCUGAAAAGACCAAGUAUACUUUGGAUAGUAGUGAUUUAAAUCUUAGCCCAGAUUACUAUAAAUUCACUGUUUCUGUCGCGCCUUCCAAAGGAAAUAAGGGAUCGGUGAUUCUUCUUAAUAAUGUUGUUGAAUUUAAAUUGGUUACCAAAAUAGAAAUUGAAAAUUUCCAAAUUGGAAUUCUUAACACAGAGGAUUCGUCAUCUCCCUCAUUGAACAAAUUGGAAUAUCCUAAAAAAUCAGAAUCAUUGGUCGUCGAUUCACACCAAAGAUUAGUAAUUAAAUUCACUGUCAAGGAUUCUGAUUAUGGAAAACUAUCCAAAAUACAGCAGGCAGUUGUUAAACUAAUCAACAAAAAAACCAAACUUGAGGCCACCGUUGUUUUCCAUUCAGAUUCAAAUCGUAAUUUCAAGCUCAACUUGGAUCCAUCUAGUGUCGGUGACGUCUUGAAUUUCAUCUCUGAUGAUUAUGAAGUAGUUGUAAUUAUCGCUGAUUCGUUGAUUUCGUCAUCUAUUAAAUGGAGUGUGGCAGAUGUAAAGCUUCGAUUUGCUCAAGACGGAAUUCCUGAAAAGAACCUGGACGUCAUCAAUUAUUAUUUACCUAAACCAGAAAUCAAACAUUUGUUCAGAGAACCAGAAAAACGACCUCCCGCUGUAGUUUCCAAUGUUUUUACUGCAUUUGUUUUGGCUCCUCUAUUUAUCCUUCUCAUUCUGUGGGCAAAACUUGGUGUGAAUUUGAAAAACUUCCCAUUCACUUUGAGUUCGAUCACUUUCCAUCUCGGAUUAGGAGGUAUUUUUGCCCUGUUCGGAGUUUUCUGGCUGCAAUUAAACAUGUUCCAAACUAUUAAAUAUUUAUUAAUGUUGGGAGCCGUAACAUUCUUGAGUGGUAAUAAAAUGCUGUCUGCGAUCGCUAGCAAGUCGAAGAAGUAAAAGUUUGAAUUUUGAAUUGAAAAUCGUCUGUCAAAUGACUAAUAAGUCAUCUUGUGUAAUUUUUUCAAGCGGUAAUUUUCCUCAUUCAUGGACGAAUGUAAUUACCGUAGAAAGUAUUCAUUGAUUCUGAAUACUUUCUCACGAAGUUAUUUAUUAAUUUUAAUUAUUUUUGAUUCGUUUUUAUUUCGUUAUUAUGUAUUGAUCUUUAUAAAUGCAUUUAAAAAGAGACAAAUUAUAUCACUUAUUCGAGAUUAAUUUCGCUAUCAGAUUUACCUGCGCGCUGUGGGUAUAGCUUGUUGGAACGGGAAAUUUUUCAAUGUGUACCGAUUUAUAUUUAGCGUUUUGUACUUAUGUUGUAUAUUUGGUGAUAUAUUUGUUAAUUUAUAAGGUCAGCUGUAAUUUCUGUAAAUUAAUUUCACUUUCGAACAAUCGAAAAAAUUUAUAUAAUUUUUUGUUAGUCUUUGUUUUUGUAUUUUAUAAGCACAUUAGGUGAUCGUGAUCUCGCUAAUUGUCUUAUGUCAAAUGGAAAAUUUAAUAAAAAUUCAUCCGUUUGUUUCUA